GCAAAGGCAUGGCCGGGCGCCCGGAGAACAGCACCAUGGCCCCUUGUGUACACAUGACUCGGGCGACGCGAAAUUACACAUCUUGAAUUUAGCUCUCAUGUCUCGACGGGUCUAACCGGUCCCAUCGACUCACGCAUACAGAGAACCAUCGUCAGCCCGAGCAAGUCACAAGCGGAAACCAUGGCAGCGUUAACAGUAACAACGCCCCUCGGGCCUUCGAGGAUGGAGCAUUCUCAAACCAGAAACAACUAUUCAUCAAGCGCCUCAAUUGCGCUGAUUGGCAUGCGAGGCAGUGGCAUGUCAACCCUGGCAGUCAUGGCUUCAAGCGCCUUGGGUUUUCGAAUUCUUGAUGCAGAUCAGUACUUCUACAAAGCUACAGGGCUUUCUAGAGCAGCAUACAAUGCGACUAAUGGCAUCUCCCAAUACCGACAAGAGGAGUUGAGACUAAUGAGAUCUAUGCUAUUCGACAAUCCGACUAGUGCAGUUAUCGUAUGCGGUCCUGGUGUUGUUGAAGACACCGGAAAAGAGUGGCUUGCAGAAUAUGCCAAGGACCACCUCAUUAUCUAUGUCCUGCGGGAUGCCGAAGAGAUCCAAAGGCAUUUGAGAGUCUUCGACGUGGAAACUAUUCGGGAUCUCACACGUCGUGCAUCGCCAGCUUACCGAAAACUAUCAAGUUUUGAGUUCUACAACAUCUCAGAUAUGUCGCUGUACAAACUGGAUACAGCAACCUCACGUGGUGAUAUAUCUCCUAGGGCUCUUGCACUUAAGAAGGUUGAAGAAGACUUUCUGCAGUUGGUAUACAGCAUCACACGACGAGACGACUGCUAUAGCAAGUACAAAGCAAAGAACAGUCUUUCAUCCAUACCACUGGAAACAAGAAAGUUUACAUAUACUUUAUCUCUACCACUGGCGACACUCAGCACUCUUAUCACCGAGUUUCGCGAACUCGACACUGAAGCAGACGCUCUUGAACUUACAAUACCGGCUUCAAGUCUUGGUAAUGAGGUUGGCUUCAAAGACACGGCCGUAGAUAGAAUCAGCAGGCAGUUCUUCGUUGUAAGGAGGAAUAUCCGACUUCCAAUAUUAUAUCAUAUCGAUACCUACGGAAACGAAAGGAAAAUCUCAGAGGAUGAGUAUUUCGAGCUGCUGCAUCAUGGGCUUCGUCUGGCUCCGGAGUACCUCUAUGUCGAUCUCAAAUGCGAUACAGCCAAGAUCCAGAAUCUCAUUGCAUCCAAAGGCCAAACAAAGAUCAUCGCACACUAUGUCGUUUCCGAUCCAGCAGAAGAUGGUUGGAACUUGCCAAAACAAUGGGCCAUGAUCGAGCGAGCUCAAGGCCUCGGAUGUGACAUCAUCCGCAUCUGUCAAGAGGCAAGGUCCGUGGAAGACAACUUCGCCGUCCAGCACUUUAUCCAUCGAGUCAAAUCGUCGCCAGAUCAUACCAUCCCAUUAAUAGCAUACAACACUGGCCGUCUUGGACGGAUGUCAUGCUAUCUCAACCCCAUCCUCAGCCCAGUUACACAUCUACUGGUCCGAAGGCUGGCCCCAAACUGCCCAUCGAAUGCUCUGCUUACAGUUCAAGAAGCACAAAAAGCAGUGUUUUCAUCCUUUCUACUCGACGGCCAGUAUUUUGGCAUCUACGGAAAUUGCACGUCGAAGAGUCUGUCACCAGCCAUGCACAAUGCCGCCUUUAAGCUCCUGGGUAUGCCACACCGAUACAACAUCUUUCUUCACGAAUCGAUGGACCAGCUGUUCGAGCUCAUUAAAGAUAACACUUUCGGCGGUGCUAGUAUAACUGCACCAUUCAAGACUGCUAUAAUACCCAGGCUUGACUUUUUGAGCGAAGAGGCUAAGGCCAUUGGAGCUGUCAACACCCUUUUAUGUCUGAAGGAGCCUACUAUGGACUCUUUACUUGACAGAAAUACCGCUGGGCCAACGGUAGCUCUUUUCGGUGAAAAUACUGAUUGGAUCGGUAUUCAUACUUGCGUUCAGCGAAAUCUAUCUCCUAUCAAUGCUGUCAGAAGACGGACGACAGGGCUCAUCAUUGGUGCUGGAGGUAUGGCCCGUGCAGCUGCGUAUGCGCUCAUUAGACUCGGCGUCAAAACUAUUCUGAUUCAUAACCGAACUCGGUCGAGGGCAGAAGAACUCAUCAAGCAGUUCGACAGGCAGCAUAAAAACGACAGUGGUGAGACUACGGCGAAUGACAUCGAGAUGGAGAGCGGAAGUCAUGAUCGUCCUUCGUUUAGAAUCAUCAGUUCGAGAGACGACGCAUGGCCCGAAGACAUAAACCUUCCAACAAUCAUCGUUUCAUGCGUGGCAACGCGAGAAAUCGAUGGGCAGUGCUCAGCAGACACUAGUCUCCCAGAACAUUGGCUUUCAAGCCCGACUGGCGGCGUCGCAAUUGAGCUUUCUUACACACCGCUGGAGACCCCACUGCUCAAGCAGAUAAAGUCGUUAUCAGAGAAGGGAUGGAUACCUGUUGAUGGUCUGCAGGUCCUACCAGAGCAGGGAAUGAUGCAGUUCGAGUUAUUUACUACAAGACGAGCACCAGCUAAUCUGAUGAGAGAAGAGGUAUUUAGAGCAUAUAAGGAACGUCUUGACAGAGCAGCGGAUACCUAGGCAGUUAGACAAAGCAAUCAUAUUUAGCAAGACCA